AUGCUCAAAUUGGUGGCUUUGUUGGGCUUGGUUGGCUUCGUUUUCGGCUUUUCCCUGGCUCUGCCGACGAAACAGGAUUCUUGUGAUAUCACUGAGCAAUAUUACAACGGAAAAUGCUACAAUUUCCAGCUUCAAGUGGUCGAUUACACGUCGUCGAGCACCAAAUGUAAAUCGAUCAAUCACAAACUCGUGCAAAUUCUCGGGCAAAAAGAUCAGAACUAUAUCAAUUUCAACGCUAUGGGCGCAACCGUUUGGCUUGGACUCCGUUUUGACAAUGGCAAAUGGUAUUGGGAUGACGACGGUGCCAUCACAAAGCCAACAUUCACCAACUGGGAGAAUCAAGUGGAGCCAACUGAUCCAACUAAGGCUUGUGCCGUUCUGGAUACAUCGAAAAAUGGCGUUUGGACGGCCGUCGACUGCGCCGAGAAAUACUUUUUCAUUUGUCAAGCAGCUGCCAACCCUUCAAGGGCUCGACAU